UGGAAACAUAGAUAGCAAUAUAUAUCCAUGUGAAAAUAGCCCUUGCACGGCAUUGUUGUAUUAAUAAAUAACUCAUCAGUAUUACAGAAAUUGUCAAUCUAUAAGAAGCCAAGUCGUUUGAAGCAGCACAACAGCUCCAUAGGACUCGGCAGAAGAAGCAGAAGACCUCGAUAUGUCCAAGGACAACGCUGACUCAGGAUUCGGAUUCAAGGACAAAGCCAAGGCCGAGGAAACUCUUAAGUUAUUGGAAAGCGAGGACUCUCAUUAUCAAGUACUCACUGUUAAAGGGUUGCUAGGACGUGCUAAGAAAGUUUUAACUUUGACGAAAGAUGAAGAAAAAAGGACGAAUAUUCAAGAAGCAAUCAGUGUAUUCGAGAAAUGGGUAGAGGAAAAUGCGCCAGCUAAGAAACCAAAGAAUGACGAUGAUGACGACAAAGGUGAAAAGAAUCCAGAAACAGUUCCUGGUUUAGGAUUCAAGGAUAAAGAAAAAGCGGAAGAAUCGUUGAAACUUCUGGAAGGUCGAGAUCCUGAUUAUAUGAAACUCGCCGUAAAAGGGCUUUUAGGACGUGCAAAGCGUGUUCUUCAAUGUACCAAAGCCGAGGACAAGAUUAAUAAUAUAAAUGAAGCAAUUAACGUAUUUAAUAAAUUUCUGGAUGAAUUUGAGACAAAGAACAUGGGCAAAAAUCAAAGAACUUAUUUAACGUACUCCAUUGUACAAGUUUUCAAACCGUUUGCCGAAAAAUAUGAAAUAAAGAAUGAUCUAAUAGAUGGUUUCCUCGCUGCAUACGCAAAAGUCCCAAAUUAUAAACACUUACGAACAAUCAGUGAACCAGACUCGGACACGACUUGGGAUGUAAUACGUAACCGCGAACUGGCUAAAUUAGAAGAACAAUAUAAAAACGACGAUUUAGAUUUAUUUGAAAUGAACAAAGAUCCUAGUAAAAUUCACGUUGAAAUGAUCAUGUGGGGAUACAGUCCGAACGCUUCUGUUAUUAAAAAAAUGUCAGAAAAAUUAGAAACUGAGCAGUCAAAUAAGCGUAAGUCAACUGGUGAGGAAGACGAUGGAUCACCAAAGAAGAAGAAAUAGUUAAGUUACGUUAAAUUUAUUUAUAUUUAAUGCUUCUUAUAGUUUAUUUUAUAUGUAUGAGGUACAUAAUUAUUUUAUAGUU